AUUUACAGAGGCCACUGUCUUCUCAAUUUUCCUGCUCAUAUUUUCUUACUGAGUACUUCCAUCUCACUCUAAAAUUCACCGCUAAACGAUUCGGACGCGUUUUCCAGCGUGGGUGAUUUUCGGUCGGCGUUUUCGGCGGCUUCUAAUCGACAAACAAUAAAUAAGUUUUUGCAGUGCUGAAUUAAAGGCGAUUGUUAAAUUAAAAAAAAAUAAUUAAAAUCGGCGACGCCGCCGAACUUCGGCGCAAAGUAAAAGCAAAAUCAAAAAAUCUCAUAUUUGUUGUUUUUAUUUGGCCCGCAGACCGUGAAUUAAAAACAACACCAACUUUAACUACAGUGGCAGGCGUAACUGUGAAUUCCACUUUUGAUAGCAUAUAAAAAGAAGUUUUGAUUUAUUCUAAUUAAAAAAGGUUGCGAUAACCAACUUUGACCGAAUCAAAGGUGACUGACGACCGACGGCCAGCAAUGUGCAGACGGUCGCUGGCUGAAAUUGCUGGCAGGACACAGACGCAGACCGCAAGGAUCAACCAACAAGUAGCAAUCAAGGAGCAGCAGUUGCAACUGUGAAUGCAACUGGCAACCAGCAACAUUGGACACUUUUUAUAUACCACAAAACGAAAUGCGUUUUUGCAGCUCGGCCAAGAAGAACACACAGUUAGCAGUAGCAGUUGAUAGAUGAACUAAAGCAAAUGCCCUCCACUUGCAGCUUUUGAUGCAAACUUAAAGGCAGGGGCCCAAACGAAAAACAAAAAAAAAACAUAAACCAACUUGACUGAUAGUUUAAACUACUUACUAUAAAGUAAAUCGAACAACAAACAAACACGGCUGCAACAAAUUUAUAAAUAUUCUUAUUAAGAACAACUCGUUAAUUGCCAAAAUAUGUGUUGCCCCAACUGAAGCUGAACAAAAUAUAUAGGAACAUAAUUUAUAGAAAUAAUAAUAAAAAAAAUAAUAGAUAAACUUUAAAGGAUAAAAGCCAGGAAAAGCUCAAGAUCAGGAGUUUGCGCCAGGAGAUAUUUGACUAAGCCAUGGGCAACCAAUGCUGCAGCAAGCGACAGGAUCAGGAAUUGGCACUGGCCUAUCCCACUGGGGGCUACAAGAAAUCCGACUAUACCUUUGGCCAGACGCACAUCAACAGCAGCGGCGGCGGCAACAUGGGCGGCGUUCUCGGCCAAAAGCACAAUAACGGGGGUUCGCUGGAUUCGCGCUAUACCCCCGAUCCCAAUCAUCGAGGUCCGUUGAAAAUCGGCGGAAAGGGUGGCGUUGAUAUCAUCAGGCCCCGCACCACACCAACCGGCGUUCCUGGUGUCGUGCUCAAGCGCGUAGUCGUGGCCCUAUACGACUAUAAAUCCCGCGAUGAAUCCGAUCUGAGCUUCAUGAAGGGCGACCGCAUGGAGGUCAUCGACGACACCGAGUCCGAUUGGUGGCGCGUUGUGAAUCUGACAACCCGGCAGGAGGGCCUCAUACCGCUCAACUUUGUGGCCGAGGAGCGCAGCGUGAACAGCGAAGACUGGUUCUUUGAGAACGUGCUACGAAAGGAGGCAGACAAGUUGCUGUUGGCCGAGGAAAAUCCGCGUGGCACUUUCCUUGUGCGACCUUCAGAGCACAAUCCCAAUGGCUAUUCGCUGUCGGUGAAGGAUUGGGAGGAUGGACGUGGUUACCAUGUCAAGCACUACCGCAUCAAGCCGCUGGAUAAUGGUGGCUACUACAUAGCCACCAAUCAGACUUUCCCCUCGCUUCAGGCUUUGGUCAUGGCAUAUAGCAAAGAAAACGCUCUUGGCCUUUGUCACAUAUUGUCGCGUCCCUGCCCCAAACCGCAGCCCCAGAUGUGGGACCUGGGACCGGAGUUGCGUGAUAAGUAUGAGAUUCCACGCUCUGAGAUUCAGCUGCUGCGUAAAUUGGGACGCGGCAACUUCGGUGAGGUCUUCUACGGCAAGUGGCGCAACAGCAUCGAUGUGGCGGUCAAGACUCUUCGUGAGGGAACCAUGUCCACGGCUGCUUUCCUUCAGGAGGCUGCAAUUAUGAAGAAGUUCCGCCACAACCGCCUGGUGGCCCUCUAUGCUGUUUGCUCACAGGAGGAGCCCAUCUACAUCGUGCAGGAGUACAUGUCCAAGGGCAGUCUUCUAGACUUUUUGCGCGAAGGCGAUGGCCGCUACUUGCACUUUGAGGAUCUCAUCUAUAUAGCCACCCAGGUGGCCAGCGGCAUGGAGUAUCUGGAGUCCAAGCAGCUUAUCCAUCGCGAUUUGGCUGCCCGUAAUGUGCUGAUUGGAGAGAAUAAUGUGGCGAAGAUUUGUGAUUUUGGAUUGGCGCGUGUUAUCGCCGAUGAUGAGUACUGCCCCAAGCAGGGAUCACGGUUUCCGGUCAAGUGGACGGCGCCCGAGGCAAUCAUCUAUGGCAAGUUCUCGAUCAAGUCGGACGUGUGGUCUUAUGGCAUUCUGCUGAUGGAGUUGUUUACUUAUGGACAAGUGCCCUAUCCGGGAAUGCAUAGUCGCGAGGUGAUUGAGAACAUCGAGCGCGGUUUCCGUAUGCCGAAGCCAACGAAUCACUAUUUCCCGGACAACAUUUAUCAGCUGCUGCUUCAGUGCUGGGAUGCUGUGCCCGAGAAGCGGCCGACAUUCGAGUUUUUGAACCAUUACUUCGAGUCCUUCUCGGUCACGUCGGAGGUGCCGUAUCGAGAGGUGCAAGACUAAACAGAGUCCAGCCUAAUCACUCACAUCACCCACACUCUCUCACACGCAUACACACACGUACGAUAUAUAAAUAUAUAUAUAUAGUAUAUAAAGUUAUACAUAUAUUAUACAUUUAUAUGCAUAUUUACUAUAAUUCUUAAGACUUUUUAAUGGCAUAGUUGCAUACCAACCAACCAACCAACCAACACACAUGAACUCUAUAUGUAUGGUAUAUGUAUGUGUUUAAGCGUAUCUAAACAAUUCAGAAACCAACUAAAAAAAAAAAAAAAUCAACAAAACGAAAAAAAAAACGAAAUCGGAAAAACAAAAUUUUAUAUUUUACACGCAAAACUAUUUUAUAAUUUAUAUACCUAACUGUAUGUACUAUGGAAAUAGAAAGUAUUUAACUAGUUUUUUAAGCUUAAACCAGAAACUAAAACGGGCCGAAAAAUGAUACCAAGAAAUCAAGAACAGUAAUCGGUGGCAACUCUAUUGAAUUUCAAAUCGAAUACAGCUACAAUUUAACGCUACUUUAAUCGGUGCUUAGGUUUUAUAUAUAAACAACAAUCCAAUCCAAUCCAA